UCGGUUUCAGUCUGCUUUGAGCUGGAAAGGAAUAUUGGUCACACUUUUCCGCUGAAAACUGGAGACUCUUUGGAGGAAACAAAAUGGCGCAGGUAUCGUUACUGUUCCUGAUCCUGACUGUGGUUAUCGGAUUUGAGUGUGUUCUCAGUCAGAUGAAGUCAUGUGAUUGCUCUUGUUCCAAUCUGGAGAACGCUCUGGAAAACGACCCUGUCUUAAAGGCUAAGAUGGAGAAGUUGGCCAAAGAGAUGACAGUGGACGUGAGAAAUACCAGUUCGCACAUGCGCUCUCUGACGUCGGCCACGGACGACCGGCCGUCGGCCCAGGCGGCUGGCUACGUAGGCGUCACUAUACUGUGUCUGGUACUCGGACUGCUUCUCUUCUUCGACGGCAUUGGUAUAAUUGCCCAGGACAUGGUGACCAAACAACAACUUCAAUAAAUCGAAGUUUUUACUGAAAUGAAAUCUGGUUUCUCCGUUAA